UCGACAUUCAACCCACCAGAAAGAUGGCGGCUUCCAGCGUGAAGCGUCUUGUGGUCACCCUCAUGGACGCCUCCACCGACAAGGACCCUGAAGUCCAAGAGCAGAUCUACAGCUCGCUGUGCUUCAUGGGGGAGUCGGCGCCCUCCGAAGUGCUCGAGUCCUGCGAUUCCUAUCUGCGGCAACACGAUAAGCUCUCCUAUGUGCACCGCACCAUCAUCCUGAGAGCCAUGGAGACGGUGGUGCAAAGCAACCUCGCGUCGCUGAGCAAAGAGACCGCCAAGAUGGUGAUCACCCUGGCUUCAAGUGAGAUGACCAAGUCCAAGGACGUCGUCUUCGAGUGGCAGCAGGCGGCCAGCAAUGUUCUCGUGGCUGUGGGGAGGAACUUCAUCAACUGCGUGAUGGAGGAGGUUCUCCUGAAGUUCCAGCCGGGCGUCCUUCCCCACUUCUUCAUCAUCCAAACCCUGGCCAACCUCUCGGUGGCUAACGUGUUUGGCAUGGUGCCUUUCCUCAACUCCAUCCUCGGUACGAUGCUGCCGAUGUUGGGCAUGGCGAAGCAGGACCCCAUGAAAGCGGUCUUCUGUGUGGCUCUGCAGCAUUUCUCAGAGAGUAUCCAGGAAUACCUGGCCAAUCUGGACAAGGCCCCGGACCCCACGGUCAGGAAGGACGCCUUCUCCAGCGAGAUCUUCAGCGCCUACGACGUGCUGUUUAACAACUGGCUGCAGAACAGAGAGUCCAAGGUCAGGCUGGCUGUGGUCGAAGCUCUGGGGCCGAUGAGCCAUUUGCUUCCUAACGAGAAGCUGGAGGAGCACCUCCCCCGCCUGCUCCCCGGGAUCCUCGCGCUCUAUAAGAAGAACGUCGAGCCCUUCUACGUGACCAAGAGCUUGUGUCAGAUCCUGGAGAGUUCGGUUGGUAAUGAGAGUCGCUCGCUGGAGACUCAGAUGGAGUGCAUACUCGGGGUGUUACAUUCUCAGAUCUGCUCCACGCUGGACGCCUCCACCCAGAUCCUGCUGCGGAACCAGAACGAGCUCCUGCGCUGUCUCACCGUUCUUGCCGCCAGGUUUCCCGACCAUCUCCUCACCUUCCUUCUGCCCAAACUGGAGAGCAGCAACACGAGAGUGCGCGUGGGGACCCUGAUCAUCCUGAAGCAGGUCAUCAACUCGGCCGCGUCGUAUGAGGCCAAGAAGCCAGUGAUCCUGGCGGCGCUGCGACAGCCUCUGCAGGAUACCAGUAACCGGGUGCGGAGGUCCCUGGUUCAGCUCAUUAGCGCCAUGGCCCACCACGGUUACCUGGAGCAGCUGGGAGGCGAGGUCGCGCUGGAGUACCUGAUCCGCCUGUGCUGUCUGUCCCCGGAGCCCACGCUCCGGAGGCAGAAUUCUGAGGGUGAAGACGUGACGGAUGAGAGCGUGCGUCGGAUCAGCAUUAACACCCUGUACCUGAUCAGCACCACCGUGGAGCGCAUGGCAGGCAUCCUCUGGCCGUACCUGCUGGAGUUCGUGGUGCCGGCGCGCUUCACCAACGCUCUGACCCCUCUGUGUAAGAGUCUGGCGCAGCUCGGCCUGAGGAAGCAGCAGGAGGGAGUGGAAACGUUCCUCAUCAACUACAACUUAAAUGGUCAGCGACCGUGCCGUCCCCGCCGCUUCCCCCGUGUCCCCGGCGGUGUGUCAUCCGUCCCCGUGUCCCCGGCAUGUGUCAUCUGUCCCCGCCGCUUCCCUGUGUCAUGUGCCGGCGGUGUGUCAUCCGUCCCCGCCGCUUCCCCCGUGUCAUGUGUCCCCGGCAGUGUGUCAUCUGUCCCCGCCUCUUCCCCCGUGUCAUGUGCCGGCAGUGUGUCAUCUGUCCCCGCCGCUUCCCCCGUGUCAUGUGCCGGCGGUGUGUCAUCUGUCCCCGCCACUUCCCCCAUGUCAUGUGCCGGCGGUGUGUCAUCUGUCCCCGCCGCUUCCCCCGUGUCCCCGGCGGGCCUGGCUGCCGCCUUCGGACUCUGCUCUGCCCAUCACCUGGACGACACGCUGGGGGAGAUGUCAGAUUUCCUCAAAUCCGAUGUAAUGAAGAAGAACCUGGGCAUCUUAAACCUCUUUAAGGAUCGUGCUGACGGAGAUGUGGAGAAGACGAGGAGCGCUCUCAUCCUGUGUUACGGUUACGUGGCGGUUUACGCCCCCGCGGAGCUUGUGCUGCCCCGGAUCGAGUCGGACAUCCUGCGCAAUAUUCUCCUCUGUUUCCACUCCAAGGUUCUGGGGAUAAAGGUAGAGUCCAAGGAUGUGACCCUCAAGCUCUCCCUCAUCAGAAGUCUGUCCAUGGUGGCUCUGGCCGUGUGUAACAGCUGCCAGGCCGGCUUCUUCAGCUUCCCCCGCAAGCCGGACCUCGUGGCGCAGCUCGUGGAAUUCAUAAAGUCGGAGCCGGUGGAUUGCCUGAAGUCCUCUCUGCGCCACCGAUCUCUGGUGGCCUGCACCUACCUUGUUAAACUGGAGCCCCCCCUGAGCGAUGCCAGCAAAUCCGACCUGAUUGAUGCCAGCCUUGCGGGGGUCCUGGGUCUGCCGCCGAUCGGCACGGGGGUCCGAGGAGAGCUGCUGCAGGAGACUCUGUACCGAGACGCCCUGGAAGCCCUGAAGGAGUUAUUGAAAAGCCUUUUGGUUUGGAACGUGACCCCCAAUGGACUCCAGGAGAUGUUCCAGGUCCUGGGUCCCUGGAUGAAAUCACCGAAGGUGCACGAGCGUGAGCGGGCGCUGGAUGUGAGUGCAGAUCUGCUGGAGUUCUAUCUGCAGAAACUGAGUGUCCAUAGCGUGGUUCCGUUCCACAAUCUGGGGCUUCUGAUCGGCAGAGUGUGUACUCGCUGCGCGGACUCGUUGGCUUCCAUCCGCCGCCGCGCAGUGGACUGUAUCUACUACCUGCUUUACAUCCAGCUGAGAUACGAGGGUUUUGCCCCGGAUCACGAGGAGGAAUUAGUCGAGAAACUGCAGACCUUCAAGCCGGGCCUCCAGAAUCCGGACUCCGGGGUCCUGUUUCACACCUGCUUUAACGUUGCCGCGAUCAUCGGGAAACGUCUGCCUCCGGAGCAGCUGACCAGCCUCCUCUUCGUCAUGUUCGAGGGGCUUUCGGACCCCGACACCAACUGUUCGAGGGCAGCCGCCGUUAUCGUCAACUCCCUUCUCAAGGACCGCGGCUCGAUCCUGCUGUCCAAGGUCCCUGAGGUCGUGGGACGAGUCCGCGAUCAGCUGCAGGACUCUCAGGAGGACCACGUGAAGAAAGCGGCCAUACAGACGGUCCAUAUCUUGGCCACGCAACACGUGGCAGCCGUGGUCUCCAGCCUGCUGUCCUGCCAGAUCCCGUACGACAGCGAGACCUGCGUGCUGUGGAGGGCUCUGUCCUCGGAUCCCCCGCUCACCUCUCAGGUGCUGGAGCUUCUCCUGGGGAGGCUGAGCGGAGACGUCCCAUACAAGGAGAGCAAGACGUCCCUGCUGAGCUCCGCGUCCUGCCGAGUGGCCACUCUCCUCCCUCUUACGGCUACCUGUGCCCUGCGUGAAGUCCUUUCUGCCCCGGAGUCGGCGCCAGCCGUGCAGGAAUUGUACCCCUCGCUGUUCACCGCACUUCUCCUCCGCGUCAGCUCCAUGGUGGGAGUCCAGUUGCCCAAAAACUUGGGUACAACUAAGGAUCGGAAGAACUCAAACAUCUCCCCUACGGCCCGGAGCCUGGACCCAUGCAGUUCCGCGAUUGAAGCUCUGCAGUUUAUGCUGAUUCAGGGAGGCUGCGAGGAGGUAACCCUGAGCGUGGAGGCCGACGGAGGCUGGGAGAACAUGACGAGAGAGGAGACUCACCACGAGGGGGUCUCCUCACUCACCCGUGCCAUGGUGCAGUACGCGGCUCCCAAACUGCCAGCAAUAAUAAAGAGCCUGCAGCCGGUUCAGAGUGGGGUGUAUGACGGGCAGCGCGUUACGACCACCGCCUUCCUGGGGCAGAUCUUGCAGAGCAGCGAUCUAAGCGACUUGAUCGUCAUGGAACCGCUGAUAGACGGAAUGACGAGCCGGCUGAAGGACAGCUGCCUGACGGUGCGCAUGCUGGCGGUCCGUGGCCUGGGCAACUUGGCCCGUGGAUCCCCUGACAAGGUGCGGAAGCACGGAUCGCAGCUCCUCACGUCCAUGAUCAACGCCAUGGAUGACCGUGAAGACCCGGAGCACGUGGUGACGCAGGAGGCCAUGUCCAGCCUGUCCCUGCUCCUCGCGCGCGUUCAGGACACGGACGUGCGCUCGCUGCUUAUACACACGGCCAUUCGCAUUCGCCCCUUUUUUGACCACGAGGCCGAGGAGCUCCGCCGCACCUCCAUCGUGCUGUUUGGGAACCUCGGCACGUUUGGCUCGGGGGACGCCGAGGAGGUCUUCUUCGAACAGAUCCUCAAUGGCUUGGUUUCCUUAUUGCUUCACCUGCAGGACCCCAAACCGGAUGUGGUCAAGGCCAGUAAGUUUGCCCUGCAGAUGUGCGCCCCCAACAUGGGCAACCAGAACCUGGCGGAGAUGUUCCGGACUCACCUACAUCCCGACCGCAGUCUGCACUACGGGGAGUUCAUGAAUAACGUGUGCAAGCACCUGUUGCAGGGAUCUCCAGACCUGGUUUCCCGGCUCAUUCAGACAAACAUCUCCUACUUCAAGAGUGUCUGGCCGGAUAUCCGAGCCGCGGCCCCCAUGUUCAUCGGCUUCUUGGUGCUGCACAUGCACAGCGAGCAGUGUAAGCAGGUGGAUCUGGACCAUCUGGUGACCUCUCUCAUCGUGCUGUUAAAGGAUCCAGUGCCGGCUGUGCGGAUUAAAGCUGCGGAGACAAUGGCUCGUCUGGUGAAGUUUGUCUGAUUCCUGAUCUCACGGGUUUGACUUUUCUUCAGCCGUCAGAGUCGCGCCUCGUGGCCGAGGGGGCCCCGCGUUUCGGACCAACCUGUUACAUCCCAGAUCUACACCGGAGACGCCUGCUCUCGUCUGCUUCGACUUGUCGCGAGUAUGUUGGGAGCCGCGCAGGCUCGGCGCAUCCUACACCGUAAAGCAGCUCCCUGAACUCUUACAACGCGGCACAAAUCCUCUACGGCACUCGAUGUCAAUCACCUUCGCCCGCCCGGUAAUUGGCACAGAGGGUGGGGGACUUGCUUGCUGUCCGUAUGUUGCCCAUGCGCCCCCCCUUUGCAGCGGUGUGUGUAUAUUCGUGGUUUUCUACGGUUACCAAAGUAUUACACAAUGUGGUGGAAAUUAUAUUUUGGAAUAAAGCAGGGUUUGGCUUUGC